UCUCACAUAGUUCACUGUGCGAUCUCCGCGUCUCGCAAUUCUCACUCGCCGCGCGCGCGUGCACAGCGCCAUUCCUUCAAUCCUUGCAGCACGCUGCGAAAUCGGGUGCAAAAUCGCUGCUCCGCGGCGAGCAGGCAGCCUUUGCGUCGCCCAGCGAUGCAAUCGGCUGUGCCGACGCGCGCUUGCACCGCCAAGCCGCGCGCGGCCGCUCACGGGGGCGCGUCGCAUGCCCGCAGUCCCCCUGCAACGCGCGUGCACGAACGGCGCGCCGUCGCCCAAACCACAUCACCGCCGCGCCGCGCAACCCUCGUUGCACACGCACGACGCCGUGACACCAGUGAGGCGACGCCGUGACGCGCCACCACGCGUCACCGCCGCGCCGCGCGCAACCCUCGUCGCACACGCACGGCCGUGACACGCCAACACAUCACCGCCGCCCCGCGCGCAACGCGCGUUGCACUCACAAUAUACCACGCACAGACAAAAAACAAUCAUGAACCGCCUCAUCGCCGCCCUCGCCCUCGGCUCCGCCGCCGCCUUCGCCCCGGCCGCCCGCGCGCCCGCGUCCGUCGUCGUCUUCGGCGGCGCCGGCAAGUACGAGGGCCAGAUCUUCGGCUUCCCCGAGAAGAAGGACCUCUGGGAGAACUGGGACCCGAACUCGCCGCGCUCGGAGACGAACUUCAACCCGUUCGAGCGCAACGCCGACGGCAACGCGUGCGACUGCUCGGGCUACUUCCCCGGCGAGGGCAAGUACUCCGACCCGGCGCGCCCCGACGUCGACUUCGCGGCCAUGAUGGCCGAGAAGACGGCCAUGGCCGAGAUCGAGGCCAACCCCAAGGCCGGCGACGUGCCGGGCGCGCCGGGCCGCCUCAACUAG